CAAAUUUGGGAGGAACCGAGUUGACGCUGACUUGUAACCAGAUUAUUUCACCAAGCUUCUCGAAGAUGACCUGAAGGCAGUUGUCAAGCCUCAGUAUGUGGACCAGAUCCCCAGGGCUGUCAGGGGCCCCAACAAGAGUGUCCGAUUCCUCAUCGAGAGUCGUGCCUCGCUUGGAAACAUGGAGCAGGUCGCCAAUGUUCUCGAGCUGAACCACAUCAUGGACCGAGAUAUCAACCACCUUUCUGGUGGUGAGCUUCAGCGUUUCGCUAUUGGAACCGUUGCCGUCCAGAAUUCUGACAUCUACAUGUUUGACGAACCAAGUUCAUACCUUGAUGUUAAGCAGCGUCUCAGUGCUGCUCUGAUCAUUCGCUCUCUCCUCCGUGACAACGAUUACGUCAUUGUUGUCGAGCACGAUUUGUCUGUUUUGGAUUACCUUUCCGACUAUAUCUGUGUUCUGUACGGAAAGCCCGCCGUUUAUGGUGUUGUCACCCUCCCGCACUCCGUCCGUGAAGGUAUCAACAUCUUCCUCGACGGUCACAUCCCGACCGAGAACUUGCGAUUCCGUGACGAGUCUUUGACCUUCCGUAUUGCGGAGACUACUGAUGAUUUCGCUAUCGACAAAUCUCGAGCCUUCACCUACCCUCAGAUGGAGAAGACUCUCGGCAACUUCAAACUCAACAUCGAGGCUGGUGACUUCACCGAUUCCGAGAUCAUCGUCAUGAUGGGCGAGAACGGUACUGGAAAGACCACAUUCUGCCGCCUCUUGGCUGGAGCCCUCAAGCCCGAUAGCCAGAAAAGUAUCCCUGAGAUGCGAAUCAGCAUGAAGCCUCAGACUAUCACCCCCAAGUUCGAUGGCACUGUCCGUCAGCUUUUCUUCAAGAAGAUCAAGCAGUCUUUCCUGUCUCCGCAGUUCCAGACCGACGUCGUCAAGCCUCUUAAGCUCGAUGAUUUCAUUGACCAGGAAGUCAAGAACCUCUCCGGUGGUGAACUGCAGCGUGUUGCCAUCGUCCUUGCCCUGGGUAUCCCUGCGGACAUUUAUCUGAUCGAUGAACCAUCGGCCUAUCUCGACUCCGAGCAGCGUAUCAUUGCCUCGCGAGUCAUCAAGCGAUUCAUCAUGCACUCCAAGAAGACUGCUUUCGUUGUUGAGCACGAUUUCAUCAUGGCCACGUACCUUGCCGAUCGUGUCAUUGUCUUUGAUGGACAGCCUGGUAUUGACGCUCAUGCCAACAAGCCCGAAUCUCUCCUCACCGGCUGCAACACUUUCUUGAAGAACCUCGACGUCACUUUCCGUCGUGAUCCCACCAACUACCGCCCCCGUAUCAAUAAGAGCGGAUCUCAGCUCGAUCAAGAGCAGAAGAUGAGUGGCAACUUCGUAAGUUCAAACUCUGUAGUUGCACAAGAUGAUUAUCCACUAACACAUUUAUGCAGUUCUUCUUGGAGGAGACCCCUGAUAAGAGCUAAAGGCGUCCAUAACGAGAUUUUCCCUUCUCUUGAUGGUGCAUCUCACGGCGUUUGGGGCGUUCAAAAUGGAAAUGGGCAAAAGCAACGAGUCUUGGGAAUAGAUGAUGACCGCAGCGUCAGCGAGGAUGACGACCCAGAUGAAUAACGACGGCGACGGCAGAGUGUCUCCUCUUGUCUGGUCCUACGAAGCUUUUGUUUUAUCUGGUUUUCUGUCUUGCCGGGCACUCGAGGUGUUUGGAAUUCUCGAGAACUUCUAUAUCAACGGCAAAUGGCAUGAUUCGUAGAUUGAGGGACAAUUGAUGUAACAUGAUCUCUGUCGUCUAAAGUUUCCAACCUCGCGGGAAACAACUGACAUUAUUAGAACGGCCGUUAGUUAGUCUUGCAAUAGUUUCAAUUACAAAGACGUUGGAUCGUAUAACAAAAGUAAUGAAUUA